AUGAGGAAGGAAGGAAGGUCGUACUUCGUCUUCGAGGCGGCCCGGAACGACAGCCUCAUGAACCAUUUCAAUCCUGCUAUUGUCCUAGGCUGGCUGGCCAAUAUCGACAUAUCUCCUGCACCAGCUUACAGGCGGUUAUUACGAAGGUACGCGGAUGGUGGUGUACGUCGACUGCCGCCCGUUGAGCAUCAUGCGCGGUCGUACCGCGUCGACGAUGAUGUCAAUGAGACUGUCGGCAGCUACCAGAAAUAUCUGGAGAGAAAUGGUCAGCAUGAACGAGUAACCUACCUUGAGUACCUUCAGUCGUACAAUCUCAAGACGUGGAGGAUACUCUCGGUUCGAAUCUUCGCGGCCGCGUACCAAUACUGCCGACAGCAGCACCAUUCCCAUGAGGACGACCAUUACGGAGAGCCAGGAGCAAAGGAACUGAGGGCAGAGGACGAUCAGUUUGAGCUGGAGGAGCAUGUGGAUCCCGUUGUGGAAGAAGAUUGGCAUGAACUCGCCCGCAUGCUGCCGGAUCAUCCGCUGGGGGAAGAGGACAUCGACAUACUCGGCCGCCGAGACCUCGAUCGUCUAGUGUACGACACGGUCAUGGACCACUUUCUGACCCAGCACGCUUCCCAGCUGCUGCUCCACGUAGAUGGCGGAGGCGGCACCGGCAAGUCAUACCUCAUUAACAUACUCUCCGCCCACCUCCAAGCCGCCGCAGGCGGAAGGGGAACGCCUGUUUGGCGUGCCGCUCCCACAGGCGUUGCGGGAAAUCAGAUUUCGGGCACUACCUUGCACUCCCUGUUGCAUCUCCCAAUCAACAAAGACUUCAAGCCCCUGUUAGCGAUUGACAAGGCUCAGCUCCAGAAGAAGCUUAAGGAUGUCAAGUACCUGAUCAUUGAUGAGAAGAGCAUGCUAGGACUGCGUCAACUAUCAUGGAUCGAUGACCGUCUCCGCGAGGCGUUCCCGAAUCGGAAUGAGGAAUUCUUUGGCGGCCUGAAUAUCCUGGAGGUCAACGAGUUCAACCACUACCACCUCGACCGCCUCGGCCGGCCUGUCAUCCAGGUAAUGGCCAAAAACGUAGGCCCUGGCGCCGCGGCAGCGCCUGAUGACAAGCCAGUUGGCCUCUGCAACGGCGCUCGUGGCACAGUUCACGAUAUCGGCUGGGCACCUGGGGCCGACCCCAUCCAAGACCCUCCCUGCGUUAUCAUGAUGGAGUUUGACAAAUACAGCGGACCGGUAUUCCUGACCACCCCUGAUGGCAGGAAGAUUUCACAAAGCAUCACCGAGGACAUGGUCGUUACAGAUCUGUCCUGCCGAGACUUCCAGACUGGUUUAAGCUACGUGGCCGUCUCACGCGUGAAGACGCUGCAGGGUCUGAUGCUGGAUGCGCCGUUUGACCGCAAUCACCUGACUUACGCGUCUCCACCCGAGGGCAUCAAAAUGAAGAUGAGGGAUCAGGAGAUCCGCAGACGACAGGUUCUUACUCGGAACCCCUACGAGACAUACCACGGGCCAGCGUAA